CUUUAUCAAAGACGAUUCAGAACAUUUUAAGAAAUAACAAACACCAACAUUGCAUACUUUUUAUGCAAAGUAAAUCACACUGAUUAGAAUUUCUAAUCUUGCAUACUAAAUUGCGCACAAACAUAUAAUUAGUCGAGGCUUCAAUUGGAUGACAUUGUCGGGCGAAGAAUACGAAACAAGUUAGGAAAGCAAGUGAUCACGUACCUUCCAGAGCAGCUCUGCCCUUGCAUGCCCCCACCCCCCGACAUGUCCGACCCCAUGGCCAGCAGCACAUCGAAUUAGUUAUCGUCAGUCUUUCUCCGUCCGACAGUUGAUAGCCGCUGAAGAUGAUGAGGAGGGCUCUUCUUUGGUACUUCGCGCUGUUUCUGGUCUAUUGCGGGUACUUGGCACUGGGUGCGUUAAUUUUCUCGGCCAUCGAAGAGCCUUACGAGACGCGUCUGAGACACGAAGUCAAACGCUGGAGGGCGCGCUUCCUGGCCAUUCAUCCCUGCCUUUCUGCGGCCGAACUGGACUCCUUCCUGAGCUCCCUUUUGGGUGCAAGUCGAUAUGGGGUGGCGGUAGUGGGGAACGCGUCGCUGCCAAUGCGGUGGGACUUUGUUUCGGCGCUUUUCUUCACUAGCACCACCCUUACUACAACCGGUUUUGGUCAUCCAGCACCUUUGUCGGCAGAGGGAAAGGUUUUCUGUGUUGUGUAUUGCAUAUUUGGAAUCCCACUAACGCUGGUGUUCCUCUCCCUGUCGUCCCGCUACACCCUGCUGUGCCUGCGUAACCUUCCUCUGCGCAGCCUCCAGCUAAGAUUCCCAGGCCGUGAGCAAGUCCUACACCAUGUCUACAGCCUAAUCCUACUCUUACUGCUUGUGGGAGUCAUCUUUCUGAUUCCUGCCCAGCUCUUCUCUGUCAUGGAGGUGGACUGGAGCUUUUUUGAUUCCCUCUACUUCUGUUUCAUCUCAAUUAGUACUAUUGGCCUCGGGGACUUUGUCCCAGGGGAACAGGGUGGACAGCGUCGGCCUCAUAUCUACAAGCUGGCUAUCAUUGUCUACCUGAUGUUGGGUCUGAUUGGGAUGUACGUCUUGCUAGAUGUGUUGAGAGGCCUCCUGCAGUUCCGUUCCUUGUACACUCGCUUCCUUCCUCCCAGGCCAAGGCCCCCUCAUGAGGCCACAGCGAAUGAGUCACGCCUGUCUGCAGUGCGACGUGGGAUAUGCAACUCCGCCUUGGAGAGCCAGGAUACCUUGUGCUCCUAAAGCCCCUUGUACAACUGAAGGAUGGCUUUUUGCUGGUUGGGUUUGGAUAGUGUGACUGGUGAUUCCUCUGGUUCGGCUCCUUAAGACUCCAUCAUAUGACUUUCCUUUCUCUGUUAGAGCAUUACUGAGUGUUUUCGGGUGGGUGGAGGUGAGGUCCUGACCGCAGUGGGUUUCUCGCCUGCUAACAUUCUAAAGGCACUUUUAGGGACACCAAUGGCCAUUGGUUGCAACUGGCAACUGGAUUUACAGAUUGCAUGUGGCACAGUUAAUAUUAUAAUAUUAGGAGGCCAUGUUUGCACCACACCUGGCUACAAACAAUGGCCCCAGCCUAAUCAUGGAGACUAAUAUUACUCUUCAUAAAUGAAAAGUAAUGUUGUUAAUACGUGUGAAUAAAUAUAUCAGAUCACUGUUAGGCUUUUUUUUGGCUGUGGUUACAAUUGGCUUUCAGUGACAUGUAUAAGCUACCAUCUAGAUUGCUUUGUGCCACUAAAAUGCUACUGUUUCAUCAAUUUUUGAUGUGUGGAUGUGGUCUUUGAGGUCUGUGAAGACUGACAUGGCCACUUGAAGUGGUGAUGGUGAUGAGGCUAGUGUGUUCUAAAUAAAGUUCAUUGUUAGUGAAGCACAGCACGCCAUUUGGUGAAGUGGAGGUGGCUGCGUGGAUGGGUGCACAACAAUAGGGUGUCGGUGGUAUUCACUGAUGGGCACUAACUUUGCCCAAAUGCUGAUAAAGGUGUGUGUAAUAUAUGCACACAGUCACAGUGUUCAAAAUAUUAAAACAUUUGGUGAAAGAAAUUCAUCUGGUAAAAUACUGAGUGCCCCAUUUUGUUGAGUCUAAUUGCCAUUUUAAUGUUAAUGGCUGUGCAGGCAGUGACCAUACAUUUUUCAUAGAUAUUUAUUUGCGGGAGUCAGUUAGCCAUCAGUUGAUCACAUCUCUUAGUCAAAAGCACCAAGUACCAGAUUUUUCUGGUGAUGGAAAUAUAUAAGGACUGUUAAUGAACGGGGGGUUAUGACUGGCAUCUUGUCAGUUUGUAUGCUUGAUAGGUCAACAUGGUCCCACUUUUUUAUUAAUCAGAACAAUGUUCUGCCCCCUAUUGGUUGGUAGUUGUUCCAAUCUCUUGCCAACACUUGGUGGCCCUGCUUGCUCUCUAAGGAGUAAGGAUCAGUCAUUCACCCCUCUAGCAGCCUAAAUAUUUUGUGACUAAAGCAGGGCUACUACUUGCUUCUCCAUUCUGGGCCACCCAACCCACCUACAACGUCUGCUACUCUCUGACAUUCAUGUCAUCAGUAGGUCAUCUUGUAGUUUCAUUAAGGUAGCUUGUUUCCCGUGGGUACCAACCUCUAGGAAUCUCCUGCUCAUCCAAUGUCCUCUUCACCAGAGUAACAGACUGUUGACUGCAUACAACUUUGGGUACAGUAGAGGUGUCUUGCCAGUCACACAGAAUGAUAAUGGUGCCCAUCAGGGCUAUGUGUGUGACCUUGGAGAGCAGAUGAGUCCAGUCCUUGAUCUGCACAUCCAGAGACCGUGAAGGCAGGAGGUUUAGUUCGGAAGCUACACCAGGUACUUCUGUCUUUUUGAACACCUCAUCAGAAAAGCAGUUGGACUCAAAGUGAUGCAUUGCUACGAUCCAGUGCUCUUAGCAAGGCAUAUUGAUAAGCAUCAUCAGUCCUGACACUGGGACGUCCCAGCACACAACUUGUCAAGUGAGGGAUAAGGCAGCCUGGGAAGCACUGCAGUCCAUGAAAAGUAAAGUUUUAGUGAGGUAUGGAACACAAAUGCUGCAGGAUAAAAUAAGAACUCGAUUAGUUUCAACUCCUGAGUGAUAGUGUGGAUCCAGAAUAUGGAAGAAGGCUCCAGGGAUCAAUAGUGCCUUCCUGCUGGUGCUGUAAUAAUGUGAACUGUGUAUUUGUGAUGCACAUUGGGUCCUUUAUGCCCCUAACUACCUGAUUAUUUUUGAAUUCCUGCAUUUUCUAUCACCCUCUUCUAACCUUAUAGUUUCCACACUGUAAAAACAAAAAAUCAUAUUUGUCACAAUAAAAUUUUUCAGAAUGUUUUAUGCUUAUUUGUGAGAACAGGCAGAAAAUAAUGCUAAACUUGUAUGUGUCUUUAAUUUGUGGUGUUAUACGACUAACAGAACAUGCAAAAUGCCCAAAGUAAAAAUAGAUAACAAAAAUUCAACUCAAUUACAGGGGUCAAUAGAGUCCGCGAUUGGAGAGGACUUAUUCCAGCCCUGGACAUUCUCAUCAGACUGCGGUUGUAGGAGCUCAGGUUCUGAAGUCGCAUCAUUCUCUGUGCAAAAGAAAGUGCCAGACAAUGCAAUGAUGUCUUUCAAACUGAAAAGGCUUACAAAGGAAAAUAAUUUCUU